AUGACGUUGCUCUGGAUUCUCGAAACCACUGCUGUUGUGUUGUUGCUAUGGACAGCAGUUGAAGCCAUCCCUCUGACAUGGUGGUACGAGUUCUACUACGACGCCAUCCAGCCCGGACAAUACGUCUUCAAAAUCCAAGAGCUUCACAAGAGAUACGGUCCCAUCAUCCGAGUCACUCCCGACGGGAUCCAUAUCAACGACGUCGGCUUUUUGGACACUGUCUACGCGCCUGCAAUGGUCCGAAGGGACAAGUACGACUAUCAGCUGCGGAGUCUUCGCAUCCCCGGUGGAGUGGGCACCACCGCCGGCUAUCACCUGCACAGACUGCGACGGGAAUCCCUCACCCAUUUCUUCAGCAAGAAGAACAUUUUGUAUCUGGAAGGGUUGAUCACGGACAAGGUCGAGCAACUGAAGCAACUGAUCGCGACCCAUGUAGCCGAUAACACGCCGGUGAACUUGUCAGAUGCAUUUUUUGCCUUUUCCAACGACGUCGUCACGAAUUUUCUCUUCGCGCACCAGACCGACAUACUGUCCAACGAAUCCAAAGCAGUCAUCCUCCGCCAGAACAGCAAAGAGCUCCUAAUGGGCAUCAACCUCAACAAGCACUUCCCGUGGAUCCCCGAUUUCCUCGAAUCGCUCCUGCUGUCCAUCAGCCGGCCGAUGAUGCCCCCAGGCCUCGUGGAUAUGCUUGCCCUCUUCGACCGAGUCCGCAACGAACUCCUCGCCCUCACGCACACCAGACCAUCAGCAACAGCAACCACCGCCGCUAAACCCUUGGGCCCAACAGGCAAAGAAUCCGUCUUCGACUCCGUCCUCGACGCCCCUAACCUCCCCGACGCAGAGAAGACGCUCCCCCGCCUCGAACAAGAGGGCACCCUGCUCGCGCUGGCGGGGACCGAAUCGCCCGCGCAGACCCUCACCGUCGCCUUCUACCACCUCCUCGCCAACCCGGCGCUCCUCGCGAAACUGCGCCAGGAGCUCCGCACGCUCGAACAACUCCCCUACCUCUCCGCGGUCAUCGAAGAAAGCAACCGCCUCUCCUUCGGCUUCACGGCCCGAACCGCCCGCAUCGCCUACGAGCCGUUAACUUACACGCCUUCCGCGCAUGCUGCCCCAUCACCGUGCAGCCCUCCCGGUGCGCAACGUAAAUCCUAUGUUUUCCCCCCGGGCACACCGAUCCGCACCACGACGUUGAGCGCGCAAACGGCGGAGACCGUGUUUCCGGAGCCGUGGGUCUUCGAUCCGGAUCGGUGGCUCGGGGACGUCGGGAGGGAGCGGCGCAGGUUCCAGAUGGCGUUCGGGAAGGGAGGGCGGAGGUGUUUGGGGAUCGAGCUCGCGCGCGCGGAGCUGUUUCUGGUGAUUGCGGGGUUGGUGCGCGCGUUUGACAUGACGCUGUUUGAGACGGGGGAGGAGGAUGUGGCGUUUCGGUGUGAUUAUCAGGUUGCUAUGCCGGGGAGAGGAUCGAGGGGGGUGAGAGUGAGGGCGAGGGCGAGGGUGGGGGUUGGGAGUAGCUAA